UAUCCAUUUAUAGAGAUCAGUGCUUGGAAAAUUUUUGACUUUUAUUCAUGCCGAAAUGGAAUGUCACAAUGUCUUGUCAUCUCUCAUUUUGUCUCGUUCUGUGUUCUGUUUACAAAAAUGGCCAUAGGUGUUGAUACUUCGAAAUGGAAACCUAGAAAGUUAAAAGGAACUCCCGCUGCGAAAGUCAGUAAUAUAAUUGGAAUAAGUGUCUUAACCUUUGGUGUGGUUUGGGGUGUAUUUUACCAAUUUUCAAAUAUAACAUUGAACUUUCGUAAAAAACUGAGCCCAUUGUAUGAGGACCCUGAACCAGAAGUAGAAAGAAGACUGAUGAUAGCAAGUGGCUUAAGAAAUAGAUCGGGUGAUAUGAUACGAAAACUUAAAGAAGAACAAGAUAGGCCUGAUACUCCUGAUAAGUAACAUCGAAAAUGUACAUAGUUUAUGUUAAUUUAUUAAGCAGUAGUUAAUAAAUGUGUAGGACUUAUGUUUGUUUUAAUUCUGGAUAUAUUUAAUGGUAGAACAAAUUGUAACAAGCAGAUACUUCCAAAAAUCUGGAAUGGAUGAAAGCUUCACAGACUUCAAAGAGAAGAAAAACAUUUUUACAGAACCUAAAAGUAAAAAACCUAAAGGAAAGAAGCAGAUUACUAAAAAAAGAAUUAAAGGUCAAAAAGACAUUAGAACAUUGAUAAGGUCAAAGAAAAAUGAACUUUUGACUUUUACAAAGGAUUUCAAUGAUGUGUGUGCUCAAGGUGGUGUAGAUAUAGACUCCCAGGAGUUGCAGCUAGCCAUAGCACUAUCGAAAUCACUACAGCACUCAGAUCAGACAGCAACUGAAGAAUUCCCAACUAAUAACUUAACCACACAAGAGAGAACAAACAGGAUACGGAGAACUUUACAAGAAUAUGGAUUCAGGGUACCGCAAGUUAAAAUAAAAUUAGAAGGUUGUAAAAGAGUAAAGAAGUAUAGAAAAUCAUACAAAUUGUUACAGAUAACUGAAGCAGAGAGACUACAAAAGAUAUGUAAUAAAUAUUCACAAGUAUUGUUUGAAAAUCCAGAUAAAUCAUUUGAAAAAGAUACAAAUGAUUUUAAUACUGGCAGUAAACUUUAUCAUUUAGCUACAAAUACAACAUAUGAAGAUAUAAAAACCAAUAUAGUAUAUGCAACAGAAAUAUUCCAAGAAAUUUCAUUUACAAAAGGCAAUCUAUUAAGAAAUUGGUCCGACAUACCUGGUCGACCAGAAAGCCCUAAACUUAUUGAAGAAUAUGUCAUUUCUAUGCCAGAUUUACAAUGCUCCCAAUAUGAACUAGAUAUAAUUUUAAGUGGAACAGUAAACAAAGCAAAGGAUAUUUUAAAAUCAAAACUAAAUCUUGAUACUAAUGUUGAACUGAAUAAUAUUUCUGUAGAAACUAAAUUAAAAACUAAAGAUUUUGAAUUGAAAGGUGGCCAAGAAGUUCUUGCAAUGCUGCAUGAAGAUCGAAGUAAUUCACCAGACAUUUUUGAUGAUGACCAUUCAAUUGUUUAUUCAGUUUCUGAUUAUGAUAAAAAGAAAAUAAAAACUGGAGACAGCAAUAUUAGCAUGUUGGACUUAAUACCACCAACACAAGCAAUAAACAAAAAUCCUUGUUCUCAAUCAAGUAACACAACUAAAAGGAGAACAAAUGAUUUUAUGGAUUUAACUGAAUGUAUUCUAACUACACAAUGUAAAACUAAAUUACUGGAAACUGAAGAAUUAACAAAUAAUAGUAUGGAAUUAACUAAAUGUGUAAAUCCUAUUUCACAAGAAAGUAAAAUUAGCAAAGAUGAAAUAAAAUCUUUAAGUCCCGAGUGUGUUCUUUUAGAUGAACCAGCUGUAGUUUCUGAACAGAAGGUAGACAACUCUCUAGAUGAAACUAUUAUCGUCAAAGAUUAUGUUGAUCUUAGACAGUAUUGUCCAAAACAAUUAGAAGAUUCUUUAAAAAUAGAUAACAUGGAGACAAUGGAUCUUACACAGUCUUCGAAUUCUAAUGAUGAGUUACCUGCAGUGAAUAUUCCUGGGACACAAAGAUUCUCUCCAGAUGAUACCAUUAUUGUACAACAUAACAGUGAUAUCCCUCAAACAAAUAUAAAACCUUCAAAUUCUAAAGAACCUAAUGUAAUAGAAGUAAAUGAUAUAGUUCUUGAUAUUUCGAAUGAAAUUCCUGAAUUUAGUUUUAACGCACAAAACAGAUCUACAAUAUUGCACAAUUCACAGAACAGAAUUGAAGAUUUCGCAGAAAAUAAAUCAUUUAGUUUAACAGCAACAAGAUCUAAUAAAGAAAACGACGAUAUUGAUUUGACUCAGUCAUCAGACUCGACUAUAGAUGGUUACUAUGAAAACUUUACAAGUAAUGUGUCUAAAAAUGAAAUAAAUUAUAAUAGCCUUGGUAAGAAAGGAGAUAUUUCUAUAGAUUAUGAUUUCGCCUUUGACCAAGUUGAAGAAAAUGCUUAUCAAAUAGAUGACCAAAGUAAAGACAGUGAAUCUAAAUCUACAAAUAAUUCUCAUAUUGUAGCUAGUGAUAUUUCAGAUAAUUUUAAACUAUGUGAUAGGGAAUUGAACUAUUCAAUGCAUAAAUCGAGAGUGGAUGAUUACGGCGAUAUAUCAAUUGUUGAUAGAGAUGAUAUUCCUGUUAUGGCAGAAAGUAGAAGCUGUUUUAACAAUUAUACAAUAAAUAGAUCAUUAAGUGAGAGUGAUCUUCCAAUCGUUAAUAUUAAUGAAGGAACAAAAUACAGGGAUAAACAAUUCAACAUAACCUUAAGUAAAUCAGCAUGUUCUACUCCAAUUAAAGCAACUGUUACAGAUGAUAAGGUUUCAAUUAGUACACCAAGUAAUUCAGAAUAUAUAGUAAAGUUAGGUCAAGUUACGCCAAUGUUAGAUUACGAGGCAAUGUCAAGUCCGGAAAGGAACAAGGAGUUAGAGAAAUAUGGUUUAAAACCAUUCAAACGGAAAAGAGCAAUACAACUCCUAACACAUUUAUACAACCAAACACACCCAGUAAUAGAGAAAUGUUCAGAAGAUUCUGUACCACUUAAGAAAUUCAAACCCAAUUCACCGGAAAGAGUUAUUUCAGAAGAAAAUGUUAUAUUAAAUAAAGAAAAUAUUUAUAAUGAAACAAAAACUAAUCCUGAUAUAAGAAAUAUUGAAUGUUGUCCUGAUGAUUGGGUUUUUCAGAAGAGAGAGAAAGCUAAGGUCCACUCAUGUCCAGUUCCAUUACACAUAGUGUUUCAUAACUAUGUGUCCUGUCGGAGGUAUUUACGUGAAGCUAUAUUGCGCUAUGAACCAAUCAACAUAGAUGUUGUCCACAAGCAUCUUGUAUCAUAUGGUUUUAGAUAUAAUCCUAAGGAUCUACUAAAAUUCUUAGAUAGAAAAUGCAUUACAGUGAAAACUGCAGACAAUGCGAGAAAUAACAAAUAAUAUAGGAAUCACCAUAACAUUGAAAGUUGUAUUUAAGUUUGUCCAUGUUUAACGGUGACUCCGGGAUUUAUUUGUAUUUUUAUCUUUAUCCGAUAACUAAAGCUUAUUAGAAAAAACUUUAUAUAUUAUGUUUGUCUGUAAAAUUAUGGUGAAUUUU